GGCACUUGUUUCUGACUUUGUCAUGGGUUUUUAACUUAAAAUGUGAAUUUGACUAUGAUUGAUAGAAGCUGAAUCAUUGAGAUUUGGGGUGGAACCUUUGUGAACUAAUCUCUUCGUUCUCUUCAGAAGUCUGACGAUCAAUUGCAGCAAAAAUGAGUGAAGAAGGGACAUCGGUAAACAGUAGCAGCGUUGCUAACAUUGCAAUCACUGGUACCAUACCUAUCAUCACUAUCAGCACACACAGAGAUCCAACUCAGCAACCAGUUAAACUACCCAAGCUUCCGAGCAACCGUUACCGCUACACAGUCUGGCAUGAGCUCCGCAGCAAUGAGAUUACAGGGGAUGGUUUACACAACCCAAGGGUCAGACGAGCUCCAAAGGUCAAGGAUAAGAUCUUUCAUACGAUCCAGGACGAACACGGAGACAAACUCAAUCACGGCAAGAAAGGCCAGGAGAAGAAGGAAUAUGAAAAGAAGAUGGAGAACUGGGAGAAUUGCCAAGCUGUCAACCUUUCAUAUCAAGAGCUAGCAGACAGAUACCAAAUGGAGAAUUUCCUUCGUAUUUUAAAGAGACUCAUCAGAGCCAAGACCAUCCAACUCAUCAAUGACGACAUCGAAGACCUCAGCAAAGUGUCAUUCCCAGCAUGCAGCCUUCUCAACCUGAACAACAAUUAUUUAAAAUCUUUCAAGAAACUUCCAAAGUGUCAAAAUCUGAAGAUACUUAAUCUAAGUGAUAAUUCCAUCAAGACUCUGGAUGGUCUGCAGAGUCUGCAGAACAGUGGCCUAGUCACCAUGGAUCUCAGGCGUAAUCCUGUGUGCUUCACGGAACACUACAGACAAAGAGUGUUCCAGAUUCUGCCGGAUUUGCGAGAGUUGGACGGAAUCCCUCGUUUGACCUCUGACAUUGAUGGAGACCUUACUAAAGCUGGUUGUGUGAUAUCAUAGAAAAUAGCGAUUAACCAAUUUCAGCCUGUCACAGUCCAAGUAAAUAAACACUGUUCCUUCUUUAGCCUGUGUAGCACUCAUUGCUGCAUUAAAGGCAGUGGACACUAUUGGUAAAUACUCAAAAUAAUUAUUAGCACAAAACCUUACUUGGUAAUGAGUA